AUGUCGACUGGACCAUCAUCUGGACUCCAACACCCACGACUCUCUCAUCAAGAUCAUAAGGACAAACGCCUUGCUGGCAUCCUCGCCAAACAAGUGGCAAAGGUUGUGCCUCAGAUCGUGAACACCAUGCCAUCAUCUUCAGAUACUGGAGUAUCGGAUACUUUGGAUCCUAUAGCGAUUGUGUCGGACAAUGAGAUUCUGUCAGAGAGUGAGGUCUACACUGGGGACCUACCUCUUCUUCAGGUCCCUGCUCCUCUACCGCUUGCCGUAGUUCCUCUCGAGGAUCUUCCUCAUGAUGAGUUCGCUGUUGAUGACAUUGAUCUGUUCCUAGAGGGUCCCCCGGAGGGUGACCAGGAUGGUGUGGCCCUCAUGGAUGCCGAUGUCCCUUUUGUUGAUGAUCCUGUUGUCGACCCUGUUGUUCCCUUGGCUGAGAUUCUUGCUGACGUGCCCAUUGCUGAUUCUGUUGUUCCAGUCGAGGCUCCCAUUGAGGAGGCUCCUUUUGAUCUGUUCAGUCCUUACUCUUUCGAGUCUGUAGCGUCCGCUUCACUGCACACCCAGGGCAUACAGCACUAUGCCUCUGAUUCCGACUCAGAAAUGGCGAUGUCUGUUGCGCCCCACGACGUUGACCCAGAUCCGGAGGUCGAGUUUUUACCGGAUGAGCCUGCUCCUGUUGGUCUGGAGCCGGUCGUUUCUUAUGACCCUAUUGAGGCCCCAGCUGUUGCACGUUUGCCAGACCCUUUACCUGAGCCUGCUCAUGUCGAUAUACCAGACAUAGCACCACCUGUCAUUGUUGCUCCCAUCGAGUUACCACCGGUUUCUGUUGUUCCCGUUAUUGAUGCACCCGUUAUUGCACCGGUAGUACCUGUUUCAGCCCCUGUGCAUGCUGACCAUGCAUCGUUUGCCUCUCACAUUGAUCCACAUUAUGCUGACACCCGUAACGGGUGGAUCGAGGAUGAUGACUACCCACCGUUUGUGCUACCUGUCACUUCUCCUGUAGCACCUGUUUCCACACCUACUGAGAUUCCAUUGUUCCAUCCACACACCUCUGACGUCCAUCGCACUGAUCUCCCCAUCACAUUCCUCCAGGACAUUCCGCCACCUGUCCUGGGGAGGUUCCCUCAUACUGCACCAUCAUUCGUACCUAAGGGCGAGCCGUUUCUGUGGGCUUCGCCCGAUGUUAUGCCGUUGUCAGACCCGUACCACCCUUAUCAUGUGGGGUACACGAUAGAGGACAUACUCAUCUCUCUACAGCUACAGCAUGACGCAUUGAGUCAUCGCAUUCAGGAGUUAGAGAGAGCUCUACUCCCUCCAUGCCACUAUCAGACUCCUUUUGCCGCACCACACACUCCCCUUUCGUUUCCCCCUGAUUCGGAUGUUUGUUUCCUUACAUCUGAGCAGCAGAUUGCCUAUUUGUUGCGUGUCAUUGAUGCCUUAGAGGAGGAUUAG